GGUUUUCACUCUGAAAGCAGGUGUUGUAUGUAUAUAUAUAUAUAUGUGUGUGUGUGUGCGCGCACGCGCGUGCGUGUGUGUAAAACGGCUUCUUUGGAGUAAAGUACACCGCUGUUUGUUUCCAUGCGCACUGGGAUAUUGUGUAAGCAGAGAAGUGUAAAAGAGGUGUAAGAUUCAAUAGAGUCGCUGUAUGUGUGUGUGUGUGUGCGUGCAUGCGCGUGAGUGAGUGUGUAUAUGAGAAAAAGAGAAAGAAACUGAGAGAGCGCGAGCUGCUGAAUCAGCACACACUCGUGUCCCAGGCUGCCUGCGGUGUUGUGUAGCGAUGCUGCUGACGGUGUUUUGCGCUCUGAGGGACCGCGGAGAGACCACCUUCGCCCUCGAUGUCUCUCCAGAGCUUGAACUCAGGGAUUUUUUGGCUCUUUGUGAACUCGAAUCAGGAAUACCAGCUGGAGAGAUUCAGAUCUCCUAUGCAGAGCAGCCUCUGAGAGACCUCACCCGAGCCCUGGGGAAUUACGGCCUGAAAGAUGGAGAUGUGGUGGUGUUGAGACAAGCUGAGAGAAGGCCAGCGGCUCAGCCUUCCUUCCCAGGGUUGCCCCGCAUCGAUUUUAGCGCCAUCUCAGUUCCCGGCACUUCUUCAAACCAUCGUUCCACCACACCGUCUCAAAAUCCCAGGGCUGCCCAGACACCCCUUGCUGCCUCCCCUGCCUCUUCUCCUCAGGGACUGGACAAUCCUGCCCUGUUACGCGAUAUGUUGCUUGCCAAUCCACAUGAGCUGUCAUUGCUGAAGGAACGUAACCCGCCACUGGCCGAGGCCCUGUUGAGCGGUGACCUCGAGCACUUCAUGAAAGUGCUUCAGGAGCAGCAGCAGGAACGAGCCAGAAGAGAGCAGGAGAGAAUCAGACUUUUCACUGCUGACCCCUUUGACCUGGAGGCUCAGGCCAAGAUCGAGGAGGACAUCAGGCAACAUAAUAUUGAAGAAAAUAUGACCAUUGCUAUGGAAGAGGCACCUGAAAGUUUUGGCCAGGUGGUUAUGCUCUACAUCAACUGCAAGGUUAAUGGACACCCUGUGAAAGCCUUUGUUGACUCAGGAGCCCAGAUGACCAUCAUGAGUCAAGCCUGCGCAGAACGUUGCAACAUCAUGCGUCUAGUAGACCGGCGCUGGGCAGGGAUUGCUAAGGGCGUGGGCACACAGAAGAUUAUUGGCAGAGUUCAUCUGGCUCAGGUACAGAUUGAAGGGGACUUCCUUCCCUGUUCCUUCUCCAUUUUGGAAGAUCAGCCUAUGGACAUGUUGCUAGGCCUUGACAUGCUAAAAAGACACCAGUGCUCUAUUGACCUUAAGAAGAAUGUGCUGCUGAUUGGAACAACAGGGACAGAGACACGCUUCCUUCCUGAGGGUGAGCUGCCUGACUGUGCCAGACUGGCAUAUGGGCCAGAAGCGCGAGAGGACACUCGACCAGAGGAGAUUGCAGACCAAGAGCUUGCAGAGGCGUUACAAAGAUCCAUACAGGACAACGAAAUUGCAGAUGGAAAAACUACCUCACCACAGUCCCCACCACUCCCACUUCAUAGUUCUGUUCAGACGCCAUCCACCUCAACAGCUGCCACUAGUCCUUAUCGAAGUUUUACACUAGACCGCUCCAAGUCUGCUCCAGCCUCCGUUAGCCAGAGCCUGCCAUCAGAGGCAUCAUUCAAUCCAUCUCAAUCCCAGGGAGAAACAAAGUCAUAUCCACCUGACACCCAGGGCAUGACUGAACCACACCCAUUGUCUGCCUCAUCCGUGCCCUUAAAAGUGGAAGAAUCUUCUCAAGAUCCUCCCUAUGGGCAGGUUGAUGGCUUCGAACCUCCGUCAACAGCAUCACCCACUCUCCCUGCUCAGGAACCAUUUUCUAGUACUGUGUCAAAUGACAAUAAAGGGACUAAAUUUGUACUUUGUAGAAAGGCUGUGGCAGAUUUAGAUGCAGGGGAAAGCAUUGCCUUAGAAGACGCAGAAGAACCUGAUUCCCAGACUGGCUCCCAGAAUGAUCUUUGCCUUCAGGAAGUAGACAUGGCCGAUUCUGUUGAUCCAACAAUAAUCAGUGUUGACAUUCCUGAUCCCUUCCUGGAGAAAGAACAAGGCGGCAUAAUGAAAGAUGUUGUAAAUGGUCAAACAGAUCAAUUUUCGGAGUUGACAACUCACCACAACCUUCCAGGUCCAUCUAGUUCAUCCAAAGAUCCUCUUGUCCACUCAAAAUCUGAGAAGAAUUUUGAAACUAGCCUUUCUGUUUCAAAGAGUGAAAUGACAUCAGAAAGGGACCAGUCAGAGAGCGACAUUAUCCCUUCUCUGGCUCAAGCCCUCAAGGAACUUCACAACCUUCUAAUGACUAACAGUAAUGCUCAGGCCAGUGCCUGGAGCCCUCUAUCUGCCACCACCCCAAGACCAGAAACUGAUGAGAUGGACCACAAUCCAACAGGAAACGAUUAUACAAGUGUCAACCCAAAUGUUAUUUCAUCAUCUUACACUGCCACAACCAAUAAAACAACAAUUGCCAAAUCUGAAUACGAUGCCCUAGAAAUGGACGAAACCUUUGAAGGACUGACCGUAAGAUCUCAAAGACAAGAAACCACUCAGACUAAUGGGUUUACAAAUAUCAGCAUUGAGGAAAAUAUGAGUUCCCUGGAGGAAAUACAGUUCCCUGAAGAAAAUCAGGUGGAUGAAAAUGGGGAAGACCUUAUGUUGGAGCCAGAGGAAGCACCUCCAGCUGAACCAUCCCAACCACAGUCCUUGUCUGUAGCAGUAGGUUCCUCAGCAGACAGUUCCAACCUUGUGCCUGUCGAAUCCUCUCAUCCAUCAAUACAAAGUUCCGGGCUGGCUCUUUAUCCUCUUCCAGACGACGUCCAGCCUUCCACACUAACGGUAUCUGGACAAUACCCUGCAGAGCACAUCCAGAGGAUACAAGCAGCAGGGUUCUCAUCUCAUGAGGCAGCUGAAGCACUCGAACAGGCUGAAGGCAGUGUGGAACUUGCCCUACUGGUGCUGCUGGCCAGGAAGAUAUCUGUGCCCACCUAGACCCAUUAAAGGCAUAUUUGCCUCAUUACGUGGAUUCUGUGGUCUUCUUCUGAUGCCCCAUUUUUUCUUUAUUUGUGCUUAGUUUGUUUGUCAUAUUAAAUCAGUAUAUAUGUUUCUGUCUUGGCCAUUUGCAAAAAAAAAACAGUGGUGCCUGAAGCUCCCCACUUCCUUUCAUGGUUUAAGUUUUGAAAGGUUUACUGCUUUUAACUGCUGUCUGGUUUAAGUGGGUUUGCGUAGUGUUAUCGAUGGUUGUGUGCAUGUAACUGGUCCUUUGCAAAGACCUGAAAAUCAUUUUAUUUAGGAUGACCAUGAUUCUGAAUAGAGUGAAUAGUGAAUGGUAUUUCACUAGAGUAGGGUAUUUCAAUAGAGUAACAGUGAAUGGUAUUUUAAAUUAAUCAGUUUUAUGUCUCUUCUUUCACCAUUAUACUCUACCUACUGUGGAUAACCAUACCUUGCUCUUUAAAUAAAUUUUGGAAAUAAAAUUGGGUGGUUCUUGAAUAUGCAAAAGCAUUUAGCAAAACAAACUGGCUCAUCUGUCUUGAGACUUCACCCUUCGCAUGUACUGGGUAUAUAGCAACCUAAGCAGAAUAAUUCUUGUAUAUAAAGGUCGCUAAGCCUAAGUAAAAAAAAAAUAUAUAAUGCUGGUGAAUCUGCAUGGGUAUUACAAUUUAGAACAUAAAUAGACUUAAUCCAUGUUUGGGAAGCCAGUGCAAAUACAAAAAUCAUACAGCUGCUAGUUGAUACUACUUUGCAAUAAUUACCAAAUACUGCAUCUUUAUUUUUCUUUGACUGACUGCUGAUUUUAUAUUUGCCAAUCAUGUAUAACUUGCCCAUUGUGUUUCGUUAUGCUUAAAUUGGUUGUCUUCAGACUUUGGAAACCAUUAUAUUCUCCCCGGUGUUUCAUAGUGUUGAUACGUGUUCACCAGUAUUUUCUUUUUCAGUCAGAAUGAGGUUCAAGUCUAACGAAUGGGAAAUUAUCAGUUGUGGGAGGAAGAGAAGUACCAUCAGGAGGUCGGGGAAACUUAGGAGAUUUCAUAUUUCAUCACCAUUUAUCUAUCUUUUACUUUUCAGGGAUUUUUGAUGCUACUUUGGUUGAUAUGAAACAUGAUCUUUGCAUAGUGUGGUGUGAAACUUUAAUAAAGGAAUAAUUAGAAAAGUACAAUUAAGUGGUAGGGACCUGGAGGCCUGUUUGGGUUUCAUUACUGCUUGGGCAUCAGAUCAUAUAAUUAGAUGGCAUUUGCAGAUUUGUGUAUGAUUCAAUUCAUGCUUAUUUCUCCCCAUGAUUCAUUAUAACGUUCGGUUGAAAUCCAGGCUGCUCUGUCAAGCUGUGUAUAACCUGUCAUUUUUUUUAAAGGUAGUCUCUGACUCGGCUGUGUUCACAAUUUGGAUGAUUUAGUUUCAACUUGUAUACAAUUUAAAAAAAAAAAAAAACAAAUAAAAGAAAACGUGUUUCUUUAUAA